UAGAGAAUGGAAAUAGGUAGAAAAAUAACAAUAUGCUUGUUCAUUAUGAUCAUAAUGUGGUGUUACGAAAUAGAAUGUAGAGAACCUGUGUUGCAUAGGGUUGGAGGUGGAAGGUAUACUUGGCAACCAAAAGUUAACUUCACAAACUGGACAAGUUAUGAACUUUUCUAUCAGGGUGAUUGGCUAUAUUUCGGAUUUGAUAGGAACAUACAUAAUGUUCUUGAGGUGAACAAAACAAGUUACGAGAACUGUAUUGAAACGGAUUUCAUAAACAACGUUACAAGAGGAGGAAGAGAUGUUUUCCAACUCUCAGAAAUGAGGUCGUAUUACUUUAUAUGUGGUAGAGGUUUUUGCUUCAAUGGAAUGAAGGUUGAAAUAAAUGUUAAGUCAUUUGAUCAAACAAUUUCUCCGAUCAUUCCCAACAAGACUUGUUCAACAAGAAAAAUGAAUGACACUGUGAUGUUUGUGUUUUCUAUCCUAACCUUAGCAUGGAUCUUCGGGUAG